CCGGGAUGCUGCGCGUCGGAGCAACAGCCGGGGACCUCGCCAGGGCCGGAGAAGUCCAUACCGGGACAACCAUCAUGGCAGUAGAGUUUGAUGGGGGCAUCGUGAUGGGUUCUGAUUCCCGGGUGUCUGCAGGACAAGCAGUGGUGAACCGAGUUUUUGACAAGUUGAUGCCCCUCCACCGUCACAUCUACUGUGCACUCUCUGGUUCAGCUGCUGAUGCCCAGGCUGUCGCAGACAUGGCCACCUACCAGCUGGAGCUCCAUGGGAUGGAACUGGGGGAACUUCCUCGUGUUCUGGCUGCUGCAAACGUGGUGAAGAAUAUCACCUAUAAGUAUCGUGAGGACCUGUCUGCACACCUCAUGGUAGCUGGCUGGGACCAACUUGAAGGGGGCCAAGUAUAUGGAACCUUAGGAGGAAUGCUGACUCGACAGCCCUUUACCAUUGGUGGCUCUGGCAGCACCUAUAUCUACGGUUAUGUGGACGCAGCAUACAAACCAGGCAUGACCCCUGAGGAAUGCAGGCGCUUCACCACAAAUGCUAUCGCUCUGGCCAUGAGCCGGGACGGCUCCAGUGGAGGCGUAAUCUACCUGGUCACUAUCACAGCUGCUGGUGUGGACCAUCGAGUGAUCUUGGGCAAUGAGCUGCCAAAAUUCUAUGAUGAGUGAAACGUCCUCAGACUUCUUUUCUUUAUUUUGUAAUAAAUUCUCU